CUUGAAUGUAGUUUGGUUGGAGUGCGGCGAUUGUUGAUGUUCUUCUGUCAUAAAUCGUUCAUCUAUCACGCUACUAGAGCUAGAGCUAGUAGAGUCAAGAAAGAAAACUCGGGAUCAGAAGUAUGCAGUUCUUGGGCCGUCUCUUGGACACUGUGUCCUCUGUCUCCAACUUGUUCACCAACCCAUACCGUGUGAGGGAUGUCCCGCUGUCUGACUACAGUGGAGGGGGCCGGACGAGGCUGAAGGACGACGGCAGGAUAGUUUUGUACAGGAAUCCACCCAGCCAGUCCUGGGACUGUCUGCUGCUGUGUCCCGAGACGCCGGCAACUGCCCUCAGGCUGUUCCAAGUGGCCUCAGAAGAGGAUGCCAUGAACUGGUACCCUCAGUAUGCCCUCAAACUCCGCCCCUUCUAUGAGAUGAUCCCGUCAUUAAAACCUGAGACCAUCCAGCCAAUAGUGGACUGCAUUCGCAAUCAUCCCGACUUCAGCUCCGCCCAUAUCGCUGUGGAUAGGGGGUUAAGGGACUGCUUGAAGCACAACUAUGUUCUGAGUCAAAUCAAUGCUCGUGACGGCCAGGGUCAAACCCCCCUACACCUGGCCUGUGAGCACGGUGAUGUCGUCUGCGUCAGUGAGCUUCUCGACGAGUGCCAGGCUCGCACCGACAUCAAAGACAAAAAUGGAGACACGCCCAUGCACUGUGCUGCUAAGCAGGACACAGCAGCCGUCAUAGAGGUGCUGUGCUGCCGUCUGUGUGCCGGGGUGAACGAGCUCAACCUGGCGGGCGAGACGCCCCUCCACGUGGCCUGCCGGCAGGGGCGCGCUGAGGCGGUCAAGGCUCUGCUGGGCGGCGGGGCCAAGUGUGACGUUCUUGGAGGCCACUGUUAUCCCAUUCACACGGCCAUGAAGUACAGCCAGAGAGGCUGUGCGGAGGCCAUCUUGACGGCGGACCCUGCUCAGCUCCAGGCAGAGGACCCCAUGUACGGAGGCACUCCACUGCACUGGGCCAAGACUUCUGAGAUGACUCGGAUGUUGCUGGAUCGAGGCUGCAAUGUGAACUACCUCAGCAAGACGGGGGAGAGCCCGCUCCACAUCCUGACCAAGAAGGACCGCUUUGAGGCGGCCAUGGUGCUGCUGACCCACGGUGGAGACGCCAACAUCCGCGGCCCCGACGGGAACACCGCCCUUCACCUGGCCAUGAAGCUGGAUCACAUGGACCUGAUUAAGGCUUUGAUCGUGUUUGGAGCAGAUGUGGAGAUCCACAACGACCUGGGAGAGACGCCCGGCCUCAUCGCUGCACGCAGCAGCAAAGGCCCCAACAGAAAGAUUCUGCUGGACAUGCUGUGUAGUGUGGGAGCCGAGCGCUGCCACCCUCCAUCCUCAGAGCUGCUCUCCCCCAGCCGGAGAGUGACCACUCCUAGUCCUGGCAUAGGGUUUGAGGACCUCAUGCAUGUGUCUGCUACACUCUCAGCCAUGAGCGGGGGGCGAGCGGAGGUGGACGGGAUCAAACCAGGAAGCACAAAGACGGAGAGGCUGCUGUGUCUGGACGGAGGCGGGAUCAAGGGCCUGGUUCUGAUCCAGUUGCUGAUCGCACUGGAGCGAGAGGCCGGUCGGCCAAUCAGAGAGCUCUUUGACUGGGUGGCGGGAACUAGCACUGGAGGCAUACUUGCUCUGGCUGUUAUACAUGGUAAGUCCAUGCCGUACCUGCGCUGUCUGUACUUCCGCAUGAAGGAGCAGGUGUUCAAGGGAUCGCGGCCGUACGAGUCGGCCCCUCUGGAGGACUUCCUGAAGAAGGAGUUUGGAGAGAACACCAAGAUGACCGACGUCAAGCACCCCAGGGUGAUGGUGACGAGUGUGCUUGCUGACAGACACCCGGGGGAGCUGCACAUCUUUAGGAACUACGACCCCCCGGUCCUCCAGCGUGACCCACCUUACGCCUCCACGGCCACCUUCAAGCCUCUCACCAUCCCAGAAGAACAAUUGGUCUGGCGUGCCGCCCGUUCCAGUGGUGCCGCCCCCACCUACUUCCGGCCAAUGGGCCGCUUCCUGGACGGAGGGCUGCUGGCCAAUAACCCCACGCUGGACGCCAUGACGGAGAUCCACCACCACAACAAGGCCCUGAAGGCACAGGGGAGAGGUGUGGAGGCGCGUAGGCUGGGUGUGGUGCUGUCCCUGGGCACUGGGAAACCCCCUCAGGUGGCGGUCAGCUCGGUGGACGUGUUCCGGCCCUCCAACCCCCUGGAGCUGGCCAAGUCUUUUGUGGGAGCCAAGGAACUGGGCAAGAUGCUGGUGGACUGUUGCACAGACUCUGAUGGCUGUGCCGUGGACCGGGCUCGUUCCUGGUGUGAGAUGACGGACAUAAUCUACCACAGGCUGAGCCCUCAGCUGUCCCAGGAGGUGCUGCUGGACGAGGUGAGCGACGCGGUGCUGGUGGACAUGCUGUGGGAGACGCAGAUGUACCUGUACGAGCAGAGGGCCCAGAUCACCACCCUCGCCCAGCAGCUGCUGCAGGCCUGAACCUACAUUACCUGACCAGGUGUGGCCUCACCUGACCCAUCAGACGUGCUCGUACAGCGUGGCGUUGAGGCAGAGGCUAGAGAGGAGGAAGUGUGUCUGUAAGUGUGUGACCAGGAAGAUGGACUCUGACAUUAUCAUGACCUAUGACCUUGUCAGGGGGAGGCGAGAGACUUUUGAUAUUCAGGGAAAGGAUAUAUAUUGGCUUUGUGUGUGUGUGUGUGUGUGUUUGUGUGUGCGUGUGCGUGUUCAUGUGUGUUUGUGUGUGUGUGUGUGUGUGUGUGUGUGUGUGUGUGUGUGUUGGUUUGUAUGUGUGUGAGUAUGUUUGUUAGAGACCAGGCAAAAAUGUAACAAAAAAUCAUGCAAAAAUGCAUUUUCUGUCUUAUGUUCACAUGUGGUUCUUACAUAGGUAAGGGAGAGAGGAUCUGUUUGUUAUGGUUCAUGUCAUGAACAAAACUGCUUUCUAAUGAGUCAUGGCUGUAGCCUUUGCCUGAAGAGGAAUGUUGCACAUUGAUUAACAGAAGUGAAUGUGUCUGUGCUGCAUAAUGUGGAAGUAUGACUAUUCAGGCUUGGGAUCAAAGGCGUCAUGCAGAAGGUGAAUGGCAUGCGAUGGCUGUACAGAUGUGCUUCAUAACAACACCAACAAACUGGAGUCUGGUGCAUUCCAUUACAUCAGUCACUUGUACUGUUUAAAGUUGUUCAGACAUGUUAAAUGGUCCAACUUGCUCUCUGUAACACAGAGCUGUAAUUGAAGUUUACGUGACAAACAACAAACCCUGCAGAUAUCCACAUCAUACUGAAAUAUUUCCUGUCUCCUGCUCGACUGAACUCCGUGCUUUCUCACUGUCAGAGGCCGAGCCGUAUCUAUGCAUAUGCUAACACUCCAUUUUACUUCUUGAGUAUAAAUCAAAUUAUGUGACAUUAUCCGCACAAGUUCUACAACUAACUUUGUGUACAAGCUAUUGAUAUAAUAUUAACAUGAAUUAUUUAUGUAUUAUUAAUAUGCAGCAUUAUUUAUAUGUGAGCCGGAAACCAAUUGACCUUUUUUGUUUGUAUGGAUGUAGAUGUAAUACCUCUGAAGUGGUGUGUUGGUGUCUACCUGUGGUCUGCUCCAGGCCUUCUCUUUGCACUAUUCUAGUUUUAACACCAAAAGUGACAUGUGUUUCCCCUCGGAGGAGUUGCUAUCAUGUUUUGUAUUAGUUUAUUAAAGCCGUUAUGAAGUGGUUAUUAAAUUAUGUAUCACACAUUAAACCUGUGGAAUC